GUGUGUAACUCUAUUAUAUAACUUGGAUCAGAUUCUUCUACUUCUACCUCUCUCUCUCUUUCUUAAACAACAAGAACAAGAACAAGAACAAGAACAAAGUUUCUUCUUUUCUAACUUCUUCACAGCUUUCACAUUCUCUCUUUCAGACAAAACCCAAAAUGACUCGCUCCUCUAGAUUCCUCGGUACGGCGUCGUCGUCACCACCACCACCGGAAGAAAUCCUCGCCGCCGAAACCGACAUGGUUGUCAUCCUCUCUGCUCUUCUCUGCGCUCUCAUAUGCGUUGCCGGUUUAGCCGCCGUAGCUCGCUGCGCUUGGCUCCGCCGUCUCACCGGCGUUAGUUCCGCCGCUACCGGAGAAUCUCCUCCUCCUCCGAACAAAGGCCUCAAGAAGAAAGCACUCCAAGCGCUCCCUAAAUCCACAUAUACCGCCUCUACAGAAGAUUUGCCGUGCUCCUCCGGCGGUGAUGGAGACGACUCAUCCACCGAGUGUGCUAUAUGCAUAACGGAAUUUGCCGAAGGGGAAGAGAUCAGGAUCCUACCGCUGUGUAAACACGCUUUCCACGUUGCGUGUAUUGACAAGUGGUUGACUUCGAGGUCGUCGUGUCCUUCUUGUCGUCGGAUUUUGGUACCGGUGAAGUGUGAUAGGUGUGGUCACCAUGCUUCCACGGCGGAGACUCAUAUCAAAGAUCAACCACAACACCAACAUCAUCCUUCACAGUUCACUUCCUCCGCCAUUAUUCCUGCUUUUCUUCCUUAGAAAAAGUUCUCUUUCUUUUUUUAAAAAAACAUCGGCAUGAUUAAAGUUAAGUAAAGUAUUAAUUUAAAUUAAUUAGGAAAAUUAGUGAUCUUUUUCUUUAGUUAUGUUUCGAUAAUUUUCUGUUAUGUAAGAAUGUAAUCCACUGUUCUUUAUUAAUCUAAUCAAGAAGUUCACAAAUUCGAUUA